AUGAGUUUGAGGGGAAGAGGAAAUAAUAUUAACAAAUCAUCAAAAGGAGGUUUCGAAAUAAAAAAAACUCAAACUAAAGAACCACACUUUCAAAAUGAUAUUUCAUCAUGUAAAAAAAAUGUCAAAAUACUAGCUACCCAUAACAAAAUAAAAGACAACAAAUUUCUCGACCCAAAUAAUAUCGAUACCACUUUAAUAAAUGCUGAUAUAAAUAGUGUUAGUUAUGUGUACAACGAUUUAAAUGAAAAUAAAAAAACUGCGAAAUUUAACAAAUUUUUAAAAAAUACAAAUUUUACAAAUCCUAAUAAUGUCAAUUAUGAUGAAAAAAAUAACUUUGUCUCGGAUUUAUUAUCUCUUGAAAAAAAUAAAACCAAUAAUAGCCACCGUAAUAUCACAUAUUCAAAAAAUAUCCAUCAAUAUUCCUGUCUUGUUCAGAAUAAAAAUUUUAAAGUCACCAAAGAAAAGGAUGUACCAAUUGAUAAUGAUAAAGAAAUUCAUUCAAUUAUUUACAAUACAUUUAUAAAUAAAAAUUUAAAAAUAAAAAAUAGCAAUAUAAAUUCUGUUACAAAUAAUACUGACAAAUACGAACAAAAAUGCAAAAAAUAUAACGAUGUGAGCCUUAAUAGUGGAAAAAUAAGACCUAACAUAUCAACUAGCUCAAAAUUUGUAAACAUAAAAAAAAGUGUGAAUAAAAAAAAUACUUAUAAUAAUUAUAAAAACAUAUUAAUAUCACCAAUAACUAAAAAAGAAUAUUCUGAUAAGACUUCCAAUAUAACAGAAACAGACGAAGAAUUAACAAAUCUAUUUAAUGAUAAAUCAUUUUUAUAUGAAAAAAUUAAAGUAGAAAAAAAAAAUAAUAAACAUGAUGUCUUUACUCAAACAAAUAUGCAAUAUGAAGAAGAAAAUUUAAAAAUUUUUUCAAAAUGUAUAUCAAAAAAAAUAAUAUAUCAAGCAAUUGUACAAAUAACAUAUGAACAAAAUAUUCAACAAAUAGAAUUAGAAAAAAUGUCUAUUAACUUAAAUGAUCAAAAUAAUAAACAAAAAUAUUAUCAGUUAGUAAAAUGCCAAAACAAUAAUUUGAAUUUCAUGGAUAGAAUCGAAACAAUAUCAGGAUAUAUCAGCAUUUUUAAUAAAAUGAAGAUAUUCGCCAAUUCAUCUACUCUUAUAAAUUCGAUAAUGCAAAAUAAUAUCGAAUAUGCCAAGAAGAUAGAGCAGUUUAAAAUCUCUAAACAAUUAAUAUGGGAAAAUAAUAUCAUACACAUUUUGUUAAAAAAAAUUUUAUUUCUUUUAUUAAUAAACAAUAUUGUCCCAUUCUUAGCAAAUGAAUUAAUUGAAGAUUCAUUUUUAAAUAUUUAUUUAUUUAGCCAAAAGGAAAAUCAUAAAAUUGAUAAAAAAUUAUGUGAUGAGAAAAAUUAUCAACAUGAAAAGCGUAAAAUAGAAAAUGGGCAUUUUACAUUUUGUAUGUCUAACGAAAAAAUAAAUGUUAAAAUACCACUGAAAAUUAGUGAAAAUAUGAAUAUGGAUGACGUUUUAAAAAAAAUAAAAAACUACAUUAAUAGAAAACUAUCAUAUUUACAAAAAGAAUAUGAUCUUAAUCUUUUAUUUAUAGAAAAAAAUGGAAUGAGCAUAUUGAACAUAAAAGAUUUGUUUUCUCAUCAAUCUGGAGAAUUCAAUAUUUGUUUAACUGAACGGCAACCAACUUGA